UUUUUAGUUCGUAAAUUGCGUUACUUGUGUCGUUAUUUGUGUGUUGUGAAAAAAAAAUAAAAAAGUUGCUUCGCCGGAGCCGGCCCCGCGAAAUCGUGAGAUUUUUGCAAACAGUAAGAAAUAUCAAAAUGAUAAGCGUGGUCAACGAAUUCUUAGACGACCUACGUGGCGGCAGAAUGACUGAGUCACCGAUCGUGAGGGUGGAAGAGGGAGAACUGCAAGGGAAGCUCGUCAACUCGCCCAGCGGCAAAGCCUUCUACAGUUUCCAAGGAAUUCCAUACGCGAAACCGCCCAUUGGUUCUUUGAGGUUUAAGGCCCCACAGCCACCAGAACCAUGGGACGGUGUACGCGAGGCCACUUCAGAAGGAAACAGCUGCGCUCAAAUUGAACCAUUCUUCCACAAAGAGUACUUGGGGGAUGAAAAUUGUCUCUUCCUAAAUGUUUACACGCCAAGUGUGGACGGGGAAUUCCUGCCCGUUAUGGUUUUCAUUCACGGUGGCGGUUUUCGUAUGGGAUCGAGCAGUACUAGCUUAUUUGGUGCAGAUUAUUUAGUAGAAAAAGAUGUAGUUAUUGUUACUAUUAACUAUAGAUGCGGACCUCUAGGUUUCCUGUGUCUGAACACUCCCGACGUACCCGGAAAUGCAGGCGCUAAAGAUAUCGUACAGGCUCUUCGAUGGGUAAAAGAGAACAUAAAUAAUUUCGGAGGUAACUCCGGCAAUCUAACUGUAUUCGGUAAAAGUUGUGGUAGUGCUUUGGUCACGCUCCUCACAGCGAGUCCAUUGACGAAGAAUUUAAUAAACAAAGCUAUUAUUCAAUCCGGUACAGCGUUGAAUACUUGGGCGAUUCAAAGAAGUCCAAUAGAAAAUGCAACAGCUUUAGCCAAAGAGCUGGGCUGCGAAUCGAUAGCUAUCGAUGAAAUUUAUGAGUUUCUAUCGACAACACCAGUCAAAGACAUUGUAGAGGCGUACGAGAGGAUGUCACCUUUAGUCGGUACAAUGGAUAAGACGUUGAAUCCAUUCGCACCGGUCGUCGAAAAAGAAUUUCCAGGUGUCGAAGCUUUCCUAACUGAACCAUUCGUAGAUGUACUAACAUCUGGUCGAGUAGCUGAUAUACCAGUUAUGAUCGGUUCGACUGCUGUAGAAGUCGCUUUAGUUCACGACACAGACGAUUUACAAUCGUACAUUCCAAAGGACUUGAACAUUGAAAGGAAUUCAGAUGAAGCUUUAGCUAUUGCUGAGAAAAUAAAGGCAUUAUACUUCAAAGGUGAUGUUUCGAGCGAUGAAAGCUUUAACGAUAGAGCUCAUUUAUUAUCUGAUUGUCUAUACAAUAUCAAUAUGCACCGUUAUAUCAAGUACCUCCUUAAUAACACAAAUAAGCCGAUUUAUUUCUACAAAUUUGAUUACAAUAGUGAAUUGGACUGGAGCAACCACUUCUUGAAGAGUUUGGACCUGAAACGCGCAGGACAUGUGGAUGAAGUGGGGUAUCUAUUCAAGAAUGACCUCGAGAAGGAAGUUGAGCCACAGGAUGUUAAGAUGAGGGAACGCUUGCUGAGGCUGUGGACGAACUUCGCUAAGGGCGGUAACCCCACACCAGAUGAAAACCACUACCUUCCAGUAACAUGGUUGCCAGUCACCAAAGACAAUCUUUGUUAUCUUAAUAUUGGCAAUGAAUUGUCAUUGGCUACGAAUCCAGACCAAGAGAAAAUGGAAUUUUGGGACAAAUUAUACGGAAAGUACUACAAAAUCUGGGAUCAUCCCGCAACAAAUGAAAGUAUUGUUCCAAUUAGCGAAAGAAUUGAAUAUUCAACGGCUCCAGUAAUCGUCGAAGAAACGAUUAUAACGACAUCGACAGUUGUUAACAAUGUUGAAACUACAGAGACACAAGUUUUAGUUAACGUGCAAGAGACUGUUGAAUUAAACGAAGAAAUAAAAGGUUUAAUAAUCGACGAUAAUGAAGCUGUUCAUCAAAAUAAUGUAGUCGAUGUUCCUACUGAAGAAAUCGCGGUACCAGACAAUGUAGUUGAUUCACACACACUCGACAAUCUAGUACAGGAAGAAGUUGAACCCACUGAAGUUCAAGUUGUUGAACAACCAGAAGACUUCGGCAUAAAUAUCGUUGAGAUUCAACAGAAAUUCGAAACGCCACAGAAUGGCGUCGAAGAAAUCAAAUUCAACGGUAAUUCAGAAAAGAAACCGAGGCCGUCUAAUGAAAUUAAAAUGGUGCCAAGCAAUAACGUGAAUCCUAAAGACGUUAUCAGAGCCAACGAUCCACCGGAAGACGAUUUACCCAAGAACAUCGGAGUCAACAAAUUCGUGAACUUCUUCGAAUCACUUGGCGGGAAGAAGUGAACUUAAACUUCACUAGUUUCUGUAUUUUGUCUAAUUUUGCCACAAUUUUUUACGUCGUGUUACUUGAUUCCUUCGUAUUUUCUACGUUUUAUUCGUAUAUUUAAGAAAUAGUUAUUAUAUUUUUAUUAAAAUAGAUUUUCUUAUAUUCACAUUUACUGUUUUAAAGUCCAUUAUUUCUGAAAGGAUAAUGUUUAUUUAUCUAUUCUAAAUAUUCGCCGCAAUUUUAACUUUUCAAUUAAAAGCGUGCAUCUUUUGUUUUCUUGACAAUUUAUAGAAACUAUGACAUAAGUUGGUCACUAUUGAACAUUCCAAAAAAUCAGCGUUUGUAUUUAAAUUUGCAUUUUUUUUUUAUUGGUACUUGAUUUGUUAUGAUAUAAGUAUCAAUUGAAACUGUUUAAAGGGAAAAAUACAUAGUAAUAUGGAAUUUUUACAAUUGGGCCGCAUUGUGCAGGUACCUCCGAAACCACAGAUAAUAAAAGAUAUUUGAUUUGUAAGAGAAAAAAUACUUUUAUAGUGACAAUACAUUACGAGUAUAUAUGUAAUUAAUUAAAAAUGUAAUGCUUUUUUUUCUUUGAUACUUUUGUUUAUUUCAACUUUAGUACUUCUGUGGGUUCGCACAUUUCUGCACAAAACAGUCCAAUUAACAAGUAUAGAUUGAGGUAGAUAUAUAUGUAUUUAUUUAUUCAUUUUUAUUAUGCCCAUCAGGGGCCUAAGACUAUAUGUGGGCCAAAGUGCUAAACAUAAUAUUUCUAAUUUUGCAAUUGAUCAUUCUAAAAACUAAUUUAUAAUGUUCGGAAUACUGGCAACACUGAGGCAGAUUUGAAACUAGAAGUUAGUCUAAAUUAUUUUUUAUUUGUUCAAAUAAUAUUAUAAUAAUCUUUGAUAUGUUUUGUAUGUACUUAAAUACGACAAUAUUUUAUCUUAAAUGAUUAUUUGGACUUAUUAAAUCUGGUUAGUUUUUGCUUGUUUGCCGCUGUACAGCAGAUUUUAAAGAUUAUCUUUAUUUACUUUGACUGUUUUGUCGUCAUAUUCAGGUCUUAGGGUCCAUGUAUGUACGAUUAUUGUUAAACUGAUCAGAUAUGUGUUAUUGUCAUAACUCUUGGUUAAAAAUUCUUUGGACUGACAGAAUUAGCUUAAAAGUACUAUCGACUAUAAGACAAGAGACUUAUUUUUAUUUCUGCAAGUGUGCUAUCAAAUAAUUUGUGGACAUAUUAUAUAUUUUGACACACAAUGAUUAUUAUGACAGAAAUAAAAGAAAAACUAACCUAACUCAUGUCAACGGUUAUAAGUACUUUUGACCGUAAAGUCAGUUAAAUAGGAUUUUUACUGGUUAAGAAUUUUGGCUGUAUCAUAUGUUCCUUCGGUCGAAGUAAUAAAGAAAAAUAUAGUUAUUUUUUUAUAAUAUCAAUUAUAUUCAUACUACUAUAAAAGAGUAUUUUAC